GAGUGACUGUCCUUCCUCUUCUUUAUUCUACUCCACGCAUACUGACCCCUCAUUAUCCAGACUGUGUGUGGAGGGAAAAGUCACAAACACCUGUUUGAAGAAACUCCUGCAUCUGAAGUCACCAGUGUGCUGAUUUUUGCCAGGGGGUUGCUGGGUUCAAUUGCUGGAAGAGAUUUGGAAUUAUUCUCUUAGGGGUGAUUGUUACGACACUGUAAUUUUGCUCUUAUUACUCCUGAAUACUUGUCUUUGAGGGGUACUUGCCCGUCUGAGUAUUAUAACUUCCCCAGGAGCCCUACCUUGGAGUCAGUGAGCUCUCAGGACCACGUUUCUUGGCAGUAUUUUAUACACAGAGAGAAAGAGGGUUCCUGUGAUUACUUGGACCCACUGCAGAGGCCGGGUGAUCCCUCUCCUUGCUUUCACCCAGAAGAACCAUGGCGGCUGGGGUGGCAGCAUGGCUGCCCUUUGCCAGGGCAGCAGCCAUCGGCUGGAUGCCUGUGGCCUCAGGGCCAAUGCCAGCUCCCCCCAGGCAAGAGAGGAAAAGAACUCAAGAUGCUCUAAUUGUGCUGAAUGUGAGUGGCACCCGUUUCCAGACAUGGCAGGACACCCUAGAACGCUACCCAGACACCCUGCUAGGCAGUUCUGAGAGGGACUUUUUCUACCAUCCAGAGACUCAGCAGUAUUUCUUUGAUCGUGACCCAGACAUCUUUCGCCACAUACUGAAUUUCUAUCGCACUGGGAAGCUGCACUAUCCCCGCCAUGAGUGUAUCUCUGCUUAUGAUGAAGAGUUGGCCUUCUUUGGGCUCAUCCCAGAAAUUAUUGGUGACUGCUGUUAUGAGGAGUACAAAGAUCGCAGGCGGGAGAACGCAGAGCGUCUUCAGGACGAUGCUGAUACUGACAACACAGGGGAGAGUGCACUGCCCACCAUGACCGCUCGGCAGAGGGUCUGGAGGGCCUUUGAGAACCCUCACACCAGUACAAUGGCCCUGGUAUUCUACUAUGUUACAGGGUUCUUCAUUGCUGUCUCAGUCAUUGCCAAUGUGGUAGAAACAGUGCCAUGUGGGUCUAGCCCAGGUCACAUUAAAGAGCUGCCUUGUGGUGAGCGGUAUGCAGUGGCCUUCUUCUGCUUGGAUACAGCUUGUGUCAUGAUCUUCACAGUUGAGUACUUGCUUCGCCUGGCUGCUGCACCCAGUCGUUACCGUUUUGUGCGGAGUGUCAUGAGUAUCAUCGAUGUGGUGGCCAUCCUGCCUUAUUACAUUGGGCUGGUGAUGACGGACAACGAAGAUGUCAGCGGUGCCUUUGUCACUCUGAGAGUCUUCCGAGUCUUCCGAAUCUUUAAGUUUUCCCGCCAUUCUCAAGGCCUGCGCAUCUUGGGAUACACACUGAAGAGCUGUGCCUCAGAAUUGGGCUUCUUGCUCUUCUCACUCACUAUGGCUAUCAUCAUAUUUGCUACAGUUAUGUUCUAUGCAGAGAAAGGUUCUUCUGCCAGCAAGUUCACCAGUAUCCCUGCUGCCUUCUGGUAUACCAUCGUCACCAUGACAACACUAGGAUACGGUGACAUGGUACCCAAAACCAUAGCAGGGAAGAUAUUUGGUUCCAUCUGUUCGCUGAGUGGAGUCUUGGUCAUUGCACUUCCUGUUCCAGUGAUUGUCUCCAACUUCAGUCGGAUCUACCACCAGAAUCAAAGAGCAGACAAACGGAGGGCACAGAAGAAAGCCAGACUCGCUAGAAUCCGGGCAGCCAAAAGCGGAAGUGCCAACGCUUACAUGCAGAGCAAGCGGAAUGGUUUACUCAGUAAUCAGCUUCAGUCCUCAGAGGAUGAACAGGCCUUUGUGAGCAAAUCCGGCUCCAGCUUUGAAACCCAACAUCACCACCUGCUUCACUGCCUGGAAAAGACCACGAAUCACGAGUUUGUAGAUGAGCAAGUUUUUGAAGAGAGCUGCAUGGAGGUGGUAACUGUCAAUCGCCCUUCAAGUCACAGUCCCUCUCUCUCAUCACAACAAGGCGUCACCAGCACCUGCUGUUCACGACGACAUAAAAAAAGUUUCCGCAUCCCAAAUGCCAACGUAUCAGGGAGCCACAGAGGCAGCGUUCAAGAGCUCAGUACUAUUCAGAUCAGAUGUGUGGAGAGAACACCACUCUCGAACAGCCGGUCAAGCUUAAAUGCCAAAAUGGAAGAGUGUGUUAAACUAAACUGUGAGCAACCUUAUGUGACUACAGCAGUAAUAAGCAUCCCAACACCUCCAGUAACCACACCAGAAGGAGAUGACAGGCCGGAGUCUCCUGAAUACUCAGGAGGGAAUAUUGUCCGAGUGUCUGCUUUGUAAGAGAAGUGGAAUCUAGUCUAAGAGAAUU